AUGGAUAGGCCGCAUUUAGCCUUACAUAAAAUCCAUCUUAGCAAUUCAGACCGACCAUUAGAGGCGCUCGUGCCUUCCAUUUCAAUCGCUGGCGGGGAAUCGCGCCGGGUGUCCCCAACGCGGUUUGGCAACGGAGCAAGGCGAUGGAGAGAUAUAAGAUAUGUGUCACACGAGCCGUGUGUUGACGCGCGUCAGCGUGUCUAUUGCGGAAGGGCCAAAGCGUUCGUUCUGGAGGAAGAGGAGAGACUGCGAGAUUGGCGAAGGCAGUAUAGGAGAACAUCAUAUGUAAAACCCAAAAAACGAUGGAAGGAAAACUUCCUAAUCCAUGAAGAAAAGAAAGGGCAGAGGUAG